UUUUAGUCAUAUGAUGGGGGAUAGAACAAGAUAUAUAUUAAUAGAGGAUCUUUAGUGUAGGCUUACUUGUAGCUGUCUAACCUUCUACUACUGUAGGUUAUAUGGCUACCAAUGUGUGAAAUGAGGUCUGUUUUCUCGUUUAAGGAUAUUUGAUCUUACAGUGAAGUCACAAGUCUUCUUCUGAAGAUAUGAAGUGUGAUUUGUGAACCUCUCUGGUGGAAAUUGUUGCCUUUGUUGUAGUGGGCAAGGAACGAGUGGCUCUUGUGAAAUAUUGGUGAUGGACUCAAGUCUGUUGGGAAUAGUCAAGAAGAUUACUGCAUAUAUUCAGAGAGCACAACUCUGGCUGUUACACAGGGAGCUUGAACCUCUAUUUGUUGUGUUACUACUGCACUCUUCUGCUUUUUUCAGCAAAAUGUCCUGGUGGAUUAGCAGCUGGCUACCUUCCUGGUGUCCAACUUCCACUAGCCAUUUGAAAGAUGCUGAAGAGAAGAUACUACUCCCCGUAAAAAGUAAAUUCUCCAGGCAGUAUGUGCCUAUCUCAAAUCAGAAUGUGCUGUCAACGCUGGCCUUUUGUGAGAAAGCAGGCAACGAGUCCACCCCCUUGGUUCUGCUGCAUGGCUUUGGGGGAGGUGUUGGGCUGUGGGUGCUCAACCUGGACGCCCUGUCGCAGCAGAUGCCAGUUUAUGCCUUCGACCUGCUGGGUUUUGGCCAGAGCAGCCGGCCAGAUUUCAGUAGCGACGCACAGGAGGCCGAGCUGCAGUUUGUGGAGUCCAUUGAGCAGUGGAGGACCGCUGUGGGGCUGGAGAGCAUGGUCCUGCUCGGCCACAACCUGGGCGGAUACCUGGCAGCAGCAUAUGCCCUCAAUUACCCAGCCAGAGUCAAGCAUCUGAUCUUCGUGGAACCGUGGGGUUUCCCUCAGAGGCCUGACCCCGGAGACGAGGACAGACCCAUCCCCAUCUGGAUCAAGGCCUUGGGAGCCAUGCUGAGCCCCUUUAACCCUCUGGCAGGGCUCAGGGUUGCUGGGCCACUAGGUCCAGCUCUUGUACAGACACUGAGGCCAGACUUUCAGAAGAAAUACGUAUCUGUGUUUAAUGAUAACACUGUGACGGACUACAUAUACCAUCUCAAUGUGCAAACUCCAAGUGGUGAAACAGCCUUCAAAAACAUGACAAUACCCUAUGGCUGGGCCAAGCGGCCAAUGCUGCAGCGAAUUGGCCUGAUCCAUGCGGACAUACCCAUGACUAUCAUCUAUGGCUCUCGCUCCAGCAUAGAUGGCUACUCUGGCAACUCUAUCAAGGAGCUGCGACCAGAUUCCCAUGUGGAGAUUAUUGCUAUCCGUGGGGCUGGCCACUACGUGUUUGCAGAUCAGCCGGAUGACUUCAACCAGAGUGUGCUGCAGGUCUGUGAGACGCUGGGCUGAAAAGGAGCAGGUUAGGGGAUCAUCUCCCAGAGCAGCCCCAGCUAGAGGUGCUCACUCUUUGGCUUUGUAAAAGGACUGUGUGCCCCUAAUAAGGACACAAGCCUUCCUCCAAGUGCCUUCAGAAUUGGUAGUUCCCCUGUGAGGCCUUUGCAUAAGAGGUCUGUUUUAGGGAGCAGAAUGAACAUGAACAGUGUUUUGAUUGUUGCGACUGGGAUUUCAAUUUUGUGUUUAAAAAGGCUUGUCGCUGACUUUGUUGGAAAGCAUGCCUACAGAGGUUAAUUUGUUUUUGAAUAUACAUUAUGUAAAUUAAGUAUUUUAUUUGCACGAAACAAUUGACAUAAUAUGUGAACAGUGCCUGUCUGACACAGACAUAAUGCCUGAUAGAUUCAGAGCACAGAGUUGAGUAAGAUAUAAGACUCACUAAAACAGUAAAUAUGUAAUAUUUAGCUCUAUAUGGACCACUAUGUGUAAUUCAGAGUAUCGCCACAGAAAUCAUUUGACAUUUACUGUAGAUACAGUAAGUGGAAUGUAUAAUUUGCACAUUUCACUUGUCAAAUUAUGAAAGUAUGAUUAUCCUUCUGUAUAUCUUUCAGGUUGUCAUUGUGGUAAUGCAUGGUCUAGAUGAGGUAUCAGAAUAUGGCUCAACCAUGAAACAUGUCACCUGUACAUUAUUAAUUACUCAAUGGAAGAGGUGAAAUUGCACAGAAAAGCUGUAAUUCUUACUAAUAGCUAUAAAGUCCUGGUAUUUUAAUCUGUCAGAUGAUUGCUGUCAAACAACUGCUAGGUCUGUCUGCUGCCCUUUGGACUAACCCUUGGACCGCUCCCUUGUUUCACUAUGAGUCUAAGAAAGAAUAAUAAGCCUUUAGCAGAUAUGUAACAAGGUAAUAAUUAUCAAUCUAUAUAGGCUCAAAUGAAUUCUUAAACCGAUUCAGUUUGCAUCUCAUCUGCUUGACGAUUACAGCUCAUAUUGAGAGCACAGAUUAUGGGAUGGAUCCCAGAGGAUUCUCCCUGGGAUCACCAUAUCACCUGUUUCAUCAUACCAUAUAUAUAUAUAUAUAUAUAUACUUUCCAAGACUACUAGAUAUGAGACCUCCCAAAGAACAUUGUAACCAAAAUCAGCCAAAAGCUACAUAACAAUAUAAUGUUCAUCAUGGAAAACUCAUCUGUCUACCUCAUGCAGGACUCGGUAGUGACUACUGUGAAAUGUGGCCAUUUAUUUAAAUAACGCCACUUAUUAACAUACACACUCACACACACAUUUCUGUAAAUAACAAAAGCGUGGCUAAUUUCUACACUCUGUUGCCUUGGAUACCAUGGGGCUGGGCUCAAACCUGUUGUAAAACUCCGCUAUGCUCAGAGCCUCAGACUCAACAUUGUAACAGGACUGUGGUGAACUUGUGUGUGUCAUGACUAAUGAUGACUGCUGUGGUGCAGAAAUAGGCUUGAACUAUAUUUUGUGUCUAACAAGGGAUCCCUUUUUGAGAGAGUGUGUUCUGUGUCAAAUGUUAUGAAUGUGAAAGUGUUAAACAAAUAAACCUUUCUUGCAUUUGAAUAAUCAAACAAAUGUGGAUUGUAAUGCCCAAAUGUUUUGAAGAGUGAAUUGAAAUGAUGGCCCUGUACACAACUCUGUUAACCCUGUACACUUGAUGUUUUUUAUCCUUUGUGGCCCUAGUGUCUUAGAAAUGUGAGUGAAAGUUCAUGGCCCUUUUACCCAGAGCCGUUGGAGUAAUGUAAUGCCAAUGAGGAGGCUUGUGGGACAUGAAAUAGAGGAGAGUUGACCAGUUAUCAAUCAGUUCCAUCCCAGUCCACCAGAGGGCGCAAACACACAUGGAACAGCCAGUCUUUGAGCGUAAUGUCACUGUUGAGUCAUUGUUGCCCUUAGUAUUUAACCUUUCUACUGUAUAUUAAUAGAGUACACUUCAGCAUUUCUUAUCUAUGUGAAAAAAACAAAGUGUAUAGAAAUAAGUGGCCAACAAAUGGUAUUUUUCCUUCUCCCAACCUCGGUAUAGAUCAGCGUUUCUUUUUUCGCAAAAGCCUGAGACAUAAGCAAACAUACAGAUCUUUAGUACUAGAUACCCUGUGUAUAGCUAUGUUUAAAUGAGUGCUUAAAGAAGCACUUAAGCUAACCUCUCUUUCCUCUUGCCUCAUUGCUUUUCUCUGCUGUGUGCCAAUGAGGACAUUAUAUCAUCCUGCUUUACACAGCAAUAAGGAGAGGGCUCAUUUCUUGGCUCCAUGAGGAUGGCAUUUGGCACCUUUUCAAGGGGUCAUAUAAAAUAAAAUAAAAGCC